AUGUGGCACGUCACUAAUACCUCCACUAUCCGCAGGUUCAACUACAUUAGCCAAGCCCACCCCGAGAUUCAGGCCGAAGCCAAGGCCGCCGAAGCUGCCAGGAAGGCCAAGAUUGCUGCCGGUAGCAAGGCUGGCGGUAACUUCGAUCUCGCCCUCCAGAAUGCCGACCAGGGCGUGGUCACGCGAUUCCUUCCCGAGCCUUCGGGCUACCUUCACAUCGGACACGCCAAGGCCGCCCUCCUUAGCGACUACUUCGCCCACGAGGCUUACAAGGGCCAACUGCGUCUGCGCCUCGACGACACGAACCCUUCAAAAGAGAGCGAGGAGUUCCAGGACUCCAUCGUUGAGGACCUCGCCCUCAUGGGCAUCACCCCCGACACUCUCACCUACACUUCCGACUACUUUGACUACCUCCACGACAUGUGCAAGCGCCUGAUCACCGAGGGACAUGCCUACUCCGACGAUACCGACCAGGAGACCAUGAAGGCCCAGCGUAUGGAUGGCAUCGAGUCCAAGUGCCGCAACCGAACGAUCGAGGAGAACCUCCGCAUCUUUGAGGAGAUGAAGCUUGGUUCGGCUGAGGGUGUCAAGAACUGCAUUCGUGCCAAGGUCUCUGUGGACAACCCCAACAAGGCCAUGCGCGACCCCGUCAUCUACCGUUGCAACAUUGAGCACAAGCACCACCGAACUGGCGACAAGUGGAAGGCUUACCCCACCUACGACCUCGCCUGCCCUCUGGUCGACUCCAAGGAGGGUGUCACCCAUGCGCUGAGAUCCACAGAGUACACCGACCGCAACCCUCUGUAUCAGUGGUUCAUCGACACCUUGAAGAUCCGUCAGGUCUACAUGUGGGAUUUCUCGCGCAUCAACUUUGUGAGGACCCUCAUGUCCAAGCGCAAGCUUGCUUCUCUUGUCAACGCCGGUACCGUCGACGGCUGGGAUGACCCUCGUUUCCCCACCAUCCGCGGCGUCCGCCGCCGUGGUCUGACCAUUCCUGCCUUGCGCGAGUUCAUCAUCAAGCAGGGCCCCAGCCGCAAUGUUGUCAACAUGGACUGGGCCAGCCUCUGGGCUCUGAACAAGAAGGUUAUCGACCCCAUUGCGCCCAGGCAUACGGCUCUUGUCGAGAAGGACAUCGUCAAGGUUACUCUAACUGGUGCCGAUGUGCCCGCCGAGCCGAGGACAGAGGAGCGCCCGAGCCACCCCAAGAACAAGGAGGUUGGAACCAAGAACAUCAUCUUCUCCAACGAACUCUACCUGGACCAGGCCGACGCCAAGACGCUCAAGCAGGGCGAGGAGAUCACCGCGAUGUCCUGGGGCAACAUUAUCAUCCGCGAGAUCACUGGCACCGACAGCGUCACCGCCAUUACGGCUGAGCUGAACCUCAAGGGUGACUUCAAGACGACCGAGAAGAAGGUGACCUGGCUGUCUGCCCAAGGCACCAAGCUUGUUCCGGCGGAGCUGUGGGACUUCGAUUACCUUCUCACCAAGGACAAGCUCGAGGAGGACGACAAGCUUGAGGACUUCCUGAACCCCGUCACCUCCACCAUGGAGCAGGCCCUUUGCGAUGAGGGCGUCGCUAAGCUGAAGAAGGACGACAUUAUUCAGCUCGAGCGCCGCGGUUUCUUCCGUGUGGAUAAGGGUCUGGCCGACGGCGGCAAGGUAGUACUAUUUGCCAUCCCCACGGGCAAGAAAUAA